GUGUAUAAACCAUGUAUCUUCUAGAUGGCUUGAGUUUAGGCUUGUUUAGCUCCUCGAGUUCAGAUCUAGGAAUCAUAGGCAUUUUCUUAUAGAUGAAAGCAAUAGAAUCUGACCGUCCUUGGGUAAAUUGAUAUAAUACUUUGGUUUAUUGCACCUUGUUAAUAUGAUAGUUCUUUGACAAGCCAAAAAGAGAACUCUCACCCGGAAACUGGCUCAGUGCGGCAUAUUCUUUUUAGAUUAUAGGAGGGCUUAAAGCAGAGAGGUUGAGGUGGCUUAUACAUGGAAUUUUAUAUAUGCUGUUGACUUCUUAUAAAAAGUAGUUGUUUGACACUUCCUUAAGGGCAAAAUCCUAGUGGAAACUUUGCAUGCUAUCAUUGGCUGAACAUAGCAAGAUAAAGCUUAACCUGUUAAUGGAGAAGUAGGUAAUGGAAUAAAUUAGAGCACUUCCCCUAGUGGUAGCUCCGCCAAGAAUUGUAGACAUCACAUGUUGGCACCUUUCUAUUAUCCUAUGGACUAUAAAAUGCUGUCAAGUGAAGUUUUAUGAGCGGGAUUAAGGAAACUCAAGCUCCAAUGAAUAACAUUCUUUUUUUAGUACUUGUGAUUCUUGGCCUCAUAAACCAUAGUGAAGUUUAUGGGGCUGGUGUAUGCGGAAUAUCUUCCCCUGAGAGAGAGGCCUGGAAGCUGGCUCCUUGCGUUACAGCAGCAAUGGAUGAAAAUGCUCCAGUUUCUGAGAGGUGCUGCAAUCAAAUAAAGAGACUAGGCCAGAAAAUUGCUUGCCUUUGUGCUGUUGUGCUUUCUAGCACAGCCAAAAUUGUUGGGGUCAAGCCAGAAAUCGCAGUCACAAUUCCAAAACGUUGCAGUAUUGCUGAUCGUCCUGUGGGUUAUAAGUGUGGAGAUUACGAAGUGCCUUGAAGGGGUAAUAAUGUUUGUGAACAUGUCAAAAUAUGUGGUUGUUUAGCUUGAGAGCUGAUGCUGGGGAUUGCUUUUUAAGAUGGAUCUCAGCCAUAUCAGAUGUGAGCUUUUACCUAGACCCCUUAUCCCAUCCUUGGCUAGCCUCCAACAUUCCUUUCUGAGGCCAUUCUCAAACCCUUUCUGCAAGGCCCCAAGCCUAAAAUUCCAAACACCAAAACAUUUUGUAGUUGUCUCAUUUUCUCAAAACCCUAAAUCAACUAUAUCCUCGAUUGUCAGCCAAAAUCCUGUAUAUACUGCUCGAAAUAAUGCAUGCGAGCGAGACGUUCGGUCCUUUGCAGGUCGGAAGAAGAAGUCUGGUGGUUCCUCAACUGGGCGCACAGAGGGCAAGGCUGAUUUCCUCCGUCAGUUGAGGCGCAAGCCUAGGCAGAGAGCUAAGAAAUAUGCUGAGUCCUUUUUCUAUCGCUUGAGAAAUCCACAUGGGAACUAUCCUGAUAACUUCUCUGAGGAUGAGCUUCAACAAAUUGGUCUUGGGUAUGAUCGGUUUGUCAGAUUUAUGGAGAAGGAUGAUCCAAAUUUGCGUCACCCAAAUGAUUGGUAUAAAUAUGGCCAAUUUGGACCUUACUCAUGGCGAGGAAUUGUCCUAGGUGACCCAGUUCGUGGUAGAUUUACUGAUGAGCGUGUGACAAUAAUAAAUGAAGUUAAGGAUCAUGAGGAAUGGGAGAAAAUCGAGCAAUUUGAAAUGGCUUCUGAAUUUGGGAAAAGAGUGAAGCAGAUGGACAAAAGUAAAGGAUUGAGGUACUUUUGGGUAUUCGUGAGGCACCCAAAGUGGAGACUUUCUGAGUUACCCUGGCAGCAGUGGACGUUGGUUAGUGAAGUAGUCCUUGAAGCUGGUAAGCAGAGGUUGGAUAAGUGGAGUUUGAUGGGUAGACUUGGAAAUAAGGCAAGGUCUUUGAUAACACAGUGUGCAGCAUGGAUGAGACCUGAUAUAAUAUAUGUAAAGCGGCCAGUGUAUCAAUGUAGGUUUGAGCCACAGGAUAACUUUUUUAAUGCACUUAUUCCAUUUCUCGAUCCCAGUACAGAACGUGAUUAUCUUUUUGAGCUAGAAAAUGAUGAUGGGACUGUUGAAUUGUGUACUUAUUUUGGUGGGUUGUGUAAAAUUGUAAAGGUGAACCAAAAAGCAUUUGUUGAUGAUGUGGUCAAUGCGUAUCAGAAAUUGAAUGACGAGAAAAAGUCAAAAUGUCUAGAAUUUUUGUUGAAGAAUCAUCCAGUUCCGCUUUUACAUCCAUAUACAAAGGAGUGGAAAGCUAAGUUGGAAGAGAUGGAGCUGGGCUGCGAUGCUCCUGAUGAUGACAGUGAUGAUGCGAGUGUUGAUGAUUCUGGUGAAACUGAGAUCUUAGAUUGGAUUGAGGAUGAUGAAGGUGGCGUUGAUGGUGAAGGCAUUGCUGAGGAUGAUGAUGAGGAUGAUGAUGAUGAGGAGGAGGAUUAUGGUGAUGGUGGCGAUGAUGGCCAAGAUCUAGCUAUGGACAUGGAAGAUAUUGGAGACGGUGAGGAAGAUACAUCUACAGAAGAUGAUGGUGUGAGCUGGGAAGAGAAGCUUCGAAAAGCCCUUAGUAGUGGAGAGGCAAUGGAAAGGCUAGCAAAGGAGAGUGUAGAGUUCACCUCAAAGUUAUACAGUAAACACUCAAUGACAGUAGAGGGUCAGGGAGAAGAACAGAAGCAUUCAUUGGAUGGAGAUGAAACUGCCUUGAGAGGCAAGCGGGCGAAGGUUAGUCCAGAUGAGUGGAAAUAUGCUGGGAUUGGUCCAUGGAGGAAAAAGGUUAAGAAGAGCAAACUUCCUCCAGAGUUGUUUUUGCGAGCAGCUGUUAGACCAUUCACAUACAGAAAUCUGGUUAAAGAGAUUGUUUUAACUAGGCAUGCAAUUUUGGAUGGUGACAUAGGUAGGAAGGUUUAAGCUAGUUUCCUUGUAGAGAUGCUAUGUUUGUGUAGGAAUGAUGCGUACAAGUCUUCCUAUGGCUUGGAGAAUACUGAAAUUUUGUGAUGACUGCUGCGGACGGAUUUGUUUGAUAUGCACCUAGUUGCUGGGAGCAAUAUUAGUUGUUGUCUCCUACGUUUCAUCAAACAUAAAAGCUAGAGUUUAAAAUUUGUUCAAUCUAGUUCACUUUUGGCGCAUUUAGAUUCUAAAAAAUCAGCUUGCUUUUCAUUUCUUAGGUUUACUGGCAUUUUUUCAAAGAAAGAUUUUAUAACUUUUCUACAGGGCUUAGUGCCUCGUCUAUGAUUGUUUUUCUUUUGUGAAACAAGAUGCCUAGAGAGGCAGGGUACAAUCACUGGCUAUUCGACCAGAUGCACCUAGACGAUUUUUAUGGGGCAAAUGAAUGCAACCAACAGGUGGGGAAGAGGGGAAAAAAUAUGAACAUCACAAGGGAGAUCAUAAGAAUGAAGAUUUCCUUGUAAAUGGGCAGAAGAGACCCUUGGUAGUUUCCUCCAUAUGACCAUGUCACUUCAAUUAAUUUAAUCUUUGAUUAAUGUUUA